CUUCAUCAGGGCUGAGGAAGAGUCACAAGCCUCAUGUGUCAUGUGUCUUGCUCUGUGGCAGGCGGUCAGCUGACAAAUCCGGCUCCUGUGUGAUGUUUACUUUCUGUUUUCAGCGCGUUUAUCUGCGUUUUUUCUGAAUGAAUGCGGCGCUAUGCUUCGCCCAGGAGGACCAUGGUAGUCGUGAACUCGGUGCUGAAGCUGGUGCAGAGGCAGACGUACACCUGUCUGUCCCACCGAUACGGGCUGUACCUCUGCUUCGGGGGGAUCGUGCUCAUGAUUGUUUCCGCCUUUCAGUUUGGGGAGGUGGUGGUGGAGUGGAGUAGGGACCAGUAUCAUGUGCUGUUUGACUCCUACAGAGACAACGUGGGUGGGAAAUCAUU